AUGCAGGUGGCUAUGAUCCAGAAGAUAUUUUCGCGCGCAAGUUGUGUGAUUAUGUGGCUUGGGCCCGAAGAGGACCAGAGCAGCGAAGCUCUUGCAAUGAUGCAAAACUGGGCCGAUCAGAUUAGAGUAGACAGGGAUAAUUUUCUCAACGAUCCCCGUGAGAUAAUUUAUGGUCGAUAUCGGGCAGAAAAAAGGAGCAUGAUGAAAUAUAAGAAAGAGGAGCUCGAAUCAAUGACCUCGUUGCUACGGAGACCGUAUUUUGAGCGGCUAUGGGUUCGACAAGAAGUAGGCCUCGCUUCUUCCGCAUUGCUUCGAUGUGGCCGUAAAGAGAUCGAAUGGCAAGAUACCCAGGAGGUGGUCUUUUGUCUUAUGGAUCAAGGAUUUGAUCAUUCCCCUGCUCCAAAGAUCGCCGGUCCCAUGCUUGAACUUGGCAUAGACAGAGCUUUUGAACUGUGCCUGACCCGGCUAAGUAAAAUCCGACUUACGACCUUGAGAUACCGUACGCAACAUGCGUUGUGCUCUGAUAAGCGGGACUAUCUUUUUGCGAUUUUGGAUCUGCUAUGUCAAAAGGAUCAGUCACUAGGUAUCACACCACAUUACACAUGCACAGCAGAAGAUUUGUUCACCGACACAACGAAAAGGUACAUCGACCAGAACAGUAGCCUAGAUUUGCUCCUCACUUGCGAACUUUCCUCCAAGUCACUUGAGAUUCCCACUUGGGUCCCAGACUGGUCCAGUCCUAUCACAUUAGGAACAUCUUUUCAGGAAGACUGGAGUGUAUGCGGCUGGAUAUCUGCACAAGCGACUUUUUUGGCAAAAGACCAACUCCUCGUCAAAGGAAUUGUGUCCUCACAAGUGGAAUGUGUCAUCGACACCCCUCCUUUGGUUGGCAAUAUGACUAAUCCAUUAGAAAUGUUGCGGGAGUUGCAAUCGAUGACUCAGCUGGAGCAUGAUCAGAGUUGGGAGAAUCCAAGAUUUCUCCGUCAAUGGAUCGGCCUUUUGUUCGAGGGUUGGCAUACAGAAGAUUUCCAAAGUCCACAAGAAACUUUUUCAACCUACAGCAGACAUGGAGAGCUACUGAGCCUCAUAUUAUCCUCUGAUGAAACAUCUACAGAGUUGCAGAAACGAAUGAGCUGGAAUAUUUCUCCCGCUCUCAAUCGAAUCAAAUCGGUACUGAUGGAUCGCUGCUUUGUUCAAAUGUGGGACAAGAGAUUCGGUCUUGCACCAGCAGGCACCCAAGCUGAUGAUAUUGCUGCCGUACUUCUAGGAUGUCGGGCCCCAAUUAUCAUCCGUCCUUUGUCGCAAUCAGAAGCAUACCAGACGUGUAAAGUCAUUGGACACUGUAGGAUGCCAGGAAUAAUGCGUGGAGACACGAUAUAUCGCAAUAGGCUGCCCAAACACUGCCACUUCGUCUGGAGAGAAAGUUGGAAGAAUGAUGAAUUGAUCGAUGACUCCAGGUGCGCUCUGUACAACCCAGAAACGGGAGAGUAUAAAACAAACCCAGCCGAAAUCCUCGAAGAAGUGGGAAUCAAAGUCGAAAGUUACCAGAGGGAUCCUCACAAGCUUAUCGUCCUUCCGGAGACAUUACGAGCCGCUGGGAUUCCACUAAAGGACUUUGUCAUUGUUUACUACUUGCAUGAAACAAUCAUAUCUCCCCCAAAACUUCAACACACAAAGAGUAACAGCCAAACAUCCACACAGCUACGUGGCCUCUGGCCCCUGCAAAGCCUAGGAAUGAAACAAACAUCCACAUACUAUAGACAUGAUCCUCCAGGCAACGAUAUCACCAAUCCAUCCUCCGCCAUCCCUCCCCCCCUGCCAGGCGACCAACCAUAUACCAAAGUCUCUCUCAGCAUCCACGCCUCAGCCAAACGACUCAGAGGAUGA